GGGCCCUGGCGGAAAGGGACCUUCUGGCCUUGACCUAGCCGGAAGUGACGAUUUUCUCCUCCCGGACUCGCAUUCGUGGAGCCACGGGCAGCCCUCAGCCGCAGAGCAUGCCGGGUAGCGCCGCGUUCCGGCCCAUGCGCAGCGCAGCGCAUGCUGGGAAGCGCCUCGCCGCCGCGGUGCAUGCCGGGCAAAGAUGGAUGCCUACGGGCUCUUCCGGAAGCUGGGGGCUGGCGCCAGGUUCGAUCUGAAGCGCUUCAGCCAGGACGCCCAGCGCUUCAAGGUGGUAAAAGUGAGAGACACUGAAUUUGACCCUCCAGAAAGUCUUGACUUUUUUGGAAGCAAAGAUACAAAGCUUCCAAGUAUUUCUGAAAAUGGCCUGGGAACAAAUGGCUCCAAGAAAUCCAAAGCUAAAAUACAGCGACGUGAAUCGCACAUGGAUGAGAAAGUAGAUGACUCCGAAGAGAGGCUUAAUGCAGGGACUGCAAGGAAGAGAAAACAAGACACAGGGAAUUUUGAAGGGAAGAAAAGGAAGAGAAAGACCCAAGAACCUGUGGCAUUCCAUUCUGAUGUGGAAAAUGAUGGGAUAUUGUGGAUGUCCUCUUUGGAAACAAAGAUUAAAGAUACAAGAGAAAGGGGGGAAAAGAAACCCACUGCAGAGAAACUGGAACAACUCAGACAGCAAAAGAUAAACCAUUUCAGAAAUAAACACAAGAUUAGUAUCCAAGGAACAGAUCUCCCUGAACCAAUUGCCACAUUUGAGCAGCUUCAAGCAGAAUAUAAAAUCCAGCCUAAAAUAAUGCAGAAUAUUCAAGCUGCUGGCUUCCAGGUCCCUUCGCCAAUUCAGAUGCAAGCCAUUCCAGUCAUGCUUCAUGGUCGGGAACUUCUGGCUUCAGCUCCCACUGGAUCAGGAAAGACUUUGGCUUUUAGCAUUCCUAUUUUAGCACAUCUGAAACAACCUAUGAAUAAAGGAUUUAGGGCUCUGAUCAUAUCGCCUACCCGAGAACUUGCUAGUCAGACCCACCGAGAGCUAGUAAAGCUGUCUGAGGGGUCUGGAUUCAGAAUACAUAUGAUCCAUAAAGCAGCUGAAGCAAUCAAGAAGUUUGGGCCCAAAUCAUCGCAGAAAUUUGAUAUACUAGUGACUACUCCAAACAGACUCAUUUAUUUGCUGAAACAAGAUCCGCCAGGCAUAGACUUGACAAGAGUUGAAUGGUUGGUGGUUGAUGAGUCAGACAAACUAUUUGAAGAUGGGAAGUCGGGGUUCAGAGACCAGUUAGCCUCCAUCUUCCUGGCAUGCACGUCCCAUGUUGUCAAAAGAGCCUUGUUCAGCGCAACCUUUGCAUUCGAUGUAGAGCAAUGGUGCAAACUCAACCUGGACAAUGUCAUUUUGGUGUCUGUUGGAGCAAGAAACUCUGCAGCGGAGACAGUAGAUCAAGAGCUCUUGUUUGUUGGCUCAGAGACAGGAAAACUACUGGCAAUGAGAGACCUUGUUAAAAAGGGAUUCACUCCUCCUGUCCUUGUUUUUGUGCAGUCCAUUGAAAGGGCUAAAGAGCUCUUCCAUGAACUCAUUUAUGAAGGAAUAAAUGUGGAUGUGAUCCAUGCAGACAAAACACAGCAACAGAGAGAUAAUGUAGUACACAGUUUCAGAGCUGGGAAGAUUUGGGUGCUCAUCUGCACAGCCUUGCUAGCACGAGGGAUUGACUUCAAAGGAGUGAAUAUGGUCAUUAACUAUGACUUCCCAACCAGUGCCGUGGAAUACAUCCACAGGAUAGGUCGUACUGGAAGAGCAGGACACACAGGAAAAGCAGUUACUUUUUUUACUGAAGAUGAUAAACCUUUAUUACGAAGUGUAGCCAACAUUAUCCAGCAGGCUGGCUGUCCCGUGCCAGACUAUAUAAAAACCUUCCACAAACUGCAAAGCAAACAAAAGAAGAAGCUGGUUAAGAAACCAUUGGAAAGGGAGCACAUUCGUACCACUCCUCAGUAUUUAUUAGAAAAAGCCAAGAAAAAAAAGAAAAUUAUCCAGAAAAAUAUUAAGGAAAAGAAACCCAAGGAGGUAAAAAAAUGACUCUCAAUUACAGACUGGUCCAGAAAGUUGACUACAUUGUAUAAAUGAUCCUGCCAGCUGACAAACUGAGUUUGAAACUACCACCUAUCCGAAUCUUAGACAUGGAAAAUGUAGGAUGGCAGCAGAGGAUUGGGGAAAGAGACUGUGAUCACUCACUGCCAACAUUUCUUUCCUUUUUUAUAUAUAUUUAGUGUUAACACAAGAAAAUUCUUAAUGGAACACUGGUGGAGGAAGUCCAUCAGAGUACUUCUUUAUAGAAGUGCAAGAGCAUGCUCCUGUAAUGAAAUACCCCAAGCAUCUGAGCAAUCACUCACAAAUAACAUCUUCUUGGGUUACAAGUGUUUGUGGUUCAUUAUCGUUUCUUGAGAACACUGUUUGUUCUAGACUGAGGUUACCCUUUGAAUAUUUUCUGAAGUUAUGGCUAAGGGGGUCAGAUAUGUAAGAUCAGAGCACAUAAGCUUUAUUAUUGUGCUGGGUAAAGAUAGCUGUUGAAGAUUUCCUUAAGCACAUUGCUUCUGUUAAUUUCAUGUACAGGAUAGAUUUUAAAGACCCAGUCUUACAACUAUAUUUAUUCUAUAUAAAUCAAUUUGAAAUAAGAAAGGGACAGGGAAGCAUAUUAAACAAUUGUAAAAACACCACUGAAGCUUUAUUGUAGGGGUAAUCUUAAACCACAAAAUCGAAUAAACAAGAUCUUCAGAAGGAGAGUUCUAAGACAAAGAUUCCUCAGUCUGUUCAUGUAUCUUUGCAGAAUAUAUAUACAGACAUUGUUCCGUUGAUUUGUUGCAUAAGAAAAGGAACACACCCCACACUUUACUCUGCUCUCUUCAGUUGUUAAACUCACUUUGUUCAUACACUGUUUCCUUACCACAUCGUUCUAAUAGUGUGGUAGUGGCUGCUUCUUCACAAGGAAAAUCCUUUCACGGGUGACUGUCCUUGUUGGAUAGCUCUGCUGCAAUACACUCUCACUAAGAGUUCCACCUCCUCAAGGCUUUGUCACCGCUAAUCCAUUUUGUAAAUGGAUCCCAGCCAUGCAUAAAUUAUCUACUGUAGGCUACUGCUCAUCUGUUCUGUUGAAGUCUGUAGCCAUUUUCUAAGAUACAAGUUUUGUAAAGUAAGACAAAAUAAAAACUGAUCAACAGUCA